AUGUUUCUCACUCUCUCCUUGCUUGCGUUAUGCUUUGCUCUGCACCCAGCCCUUGCGGUAACGGCUGGAUCUUUUGGGGAUGGAGGUCAGACGCUGAUAAGUGCGAUGAUGAUGUUUGUAGGAAAUAACAAAAAGGUGUAUAUGCUUGAUAAAGCAGAGGGUAAUGCAGCUCAAAUCAAUGGACACCCGGCAUGGGGUGCCGUUUGGGACAUGGAUACCCACGAAGUAGCUGUCAUGGACGUGAGGACAAAUACAUUUUGCUCUUCAGGGAUGCAUCUUCCGAAUGGAUCAUUUGUUACGUUUGGAGGAAAUGGGGCAGUUGGACGGGGAGGAGCCUUGGGGUCACAACUCAAUCCUGGAAACGUUUCAGCGGCAUGGGACGCCGUAUACCAAGAUUUCGACGGGACCCGGUCAAUCAGAAUUCUGAAUCCGUGUACAGAUUCUGACGACUUCUCCUCUCCCCAAUGUGCUUGGUUCGAUGAGCCAUCGAUUCUGUCGAUGCAAAAAAGUCGGUGGUACUCCGCUGCAGAGGCGACGGGAGAUGGGGAGAUUGUGAUCAUUGGCGGCUUCGUCAACGGUGGAUAUGUCAAUCGAAUAUACCCAGUUAUUGACCCAGCGGCAAACCCUGAAGCAGAGUAUACAUAUGAAUAUUAUCCACCAAGGCCAAAUCCUCCUCAAACCUUCCAGUUUCUGCUUAACACGUCUGGGCUCAAUGCAUAUGCACAUACCUUUUUGAUGCCAUCUGGAAAGAUGUUCGUGCAGGCCAAUUUGUCGACAGUUCUAUGGGACCACACAACCAACACAGAAACGCCUCUUCCACCCAUGCCUAAUGGUGUGGCUCGCGUGUAUCCCGCCUCUGGUGCAACUGCGAUGUUACCACUCACCCCGGCAAAUAAUUAUACACCAACAAUCCUUUUUUGCGGAGGUUCUGCUAUGACGGAAUUUCAGUAUGGCGAUUACCGCUUUCCGUUCAGUGAUACCUGGAAUAUUCCGGCGUCCCAAGAUUGUCAACGAAUAACACCUGAACCACAGGGGGGAAUGGUUCCAGCAUAUAUCCCAGACGAUAAUAUGCUGGAAGGUCGGACUAUGGGUCAGUUCAUCAUACUCCCCAACGGUCUAUUUUUAUUGGUAAAUGGGGGCCUUAAUGGUACGGCUGGCUACUCAUCGAAUGGAACAUUGACUACCCCCGACGUUUCGCAAAUGCCAUUCGGGCAAUCUCUGGCCUCUGGGCCUGUUGGUACUCCGGCUAUUUAUGACCCCAAUGCUCCUGCGGGUAGUAGAUGGUCGAAUGAAGGGCUUUCGACAUCCAGUAUUGCGCGACUGUAUCACUCUUCUGCAAUUUUACUGCCAGACGCUUCUGUCCUGAUAGCGGGGUCAAACCCUAAUAUUGAUGUCAACUUGACGACCAUUUACCCUACACAAUAUCAAGCAGAAAUUUUCUACCCACCCUACUUUUCUGCACCUACUCGACCUGUGCCAUCCGGCGUACCGACAACUUUGUCCUACGGAGGCGAUCCAUUUGACAUUGCUAUUUCGGCGAAUUCGUACACAGGUACCGCGAACGAUGCUGCUAAUUCAACGACUGUUGUUGUGACACGAGGAGGCUUCACUACUCAUGCUAUGAAUAUGGGUCAGCGAUUGCUUCAGCUGAACAACACGUUUACCGUUAACAGUGACGGUACUUUUACAUUGCAUGUCGCUCAGCUUCCACCAAAUCCCAACUUGUUCCAACCUGGACCAGCAUUCCUCUUCGUGAACAUUCACGGUAUACCCAGUAAUGGCACCUAUCUGAUCGUAGGCAACGGACAAAUCGGCGCGCAACCUUUAGCACCACUUAGUGUUUUGCCUGAUAGCGUAUUUCUUGAUUCUACGACUGGUUCGAACUCGACGACAAGCAGCGAUGGUUCUACCCCCGCCAAGAAAACCAAUUUAGCUGCGAUCAUAGGAGGCGUAGUCGCAACUAUCGCAGUACUGGGUGUAAUCGUCUCUGCCGUCAGCAUAUGCACGACACGAGAAAAGCGGCAGCCUGUGCCAACGGUUUCGUAUCCAAUCGCUCAAGGGACUAAUAGAUUUGGAAGUGGGCUACCCAGUGGCGGUGGAGAUACGAUGAGGUCAGAAAGGAGUGCGCUUUUCCCUCUGCAACAACAGCCCAAUGAUAGCUAUGGGUGGAACCCAAGCACAACUUCUAACUACCAGCAGCCAUAUUCUGACGCUGCCAGCCAUCAGCCAAAUUAUGAGUAUGACCCAUAUGCGAGCAGUCCUUAUCCUGCGUUUAGACAGGCCCCUAAAAAUGGGGGUCCACCGUACAGGUUUUGA